CCACCGCAGUGACCUCAGUCAGCACACAAACAGGCGCGCGCUCACUCACACUCAUCCACACACUCACUCAUUCACUCUCUCUGUCCAGCGGACACCUCAUCUGGACAGCUGUAGCAGUUGGUCGUCCUCCGUUAGGAACGCCUUGUUCCUGCCCCUUUAAAUGUCCAGAAGGAAAAGCUGACCCUCCACACUGCACAGCUCUCUCCUGAAGAAUUCUGAAGAGGUACUUGUGAGGAAUCCAUGGAUGUCCAUUCACUAGCACUUGGCUAGCUUUUUGUGGCCUCACCUGGUGCCUCCCCCUUUAUCUGCACAACAUCAUGGGGGACAUAGUCCAGAUGCACUUCACGACGGUGGACUAUGUGAUCUUUGCCCUGCUGCUGGUGGCCUCCACAGGCAUAGGUCUGUUUUACGCCUUCUCGGGGGGGCGUCAGAAGACCACGCAAGAGUUCCUGCUGGCUGACCGUAGCAUGAGCUGCCUCCCCGUGUCCCUCUCCUUGCUGGCCACCUUCCAGUCAGCUGUGGCCAUACUGGGUGCCCCAUCCGAAAUCUACACUCAUGGCACGCAGUACUGGUUCCUGGGCUGUUCGUACUUUCUGGGUCUGCUCAUCCCUGCACACAUCUUCAUACCUGUUUUCUAUCGUCUGCGGCUUUCCAGCGCCUACCAGUAUCUGGAGCUUCGCUUUAAUAAAACUGUGAGAAUAUGUGGCACUGUGACCUUCAUCUUUCAGAUGGUGAUUUACAUGGGAGUGGUCCUUUAUGCCCCUGCUCUUGCACUGAAUGCAGUAACUGGCUUUGACCUGUGGGGGGCGGUCCUGGCAAUGGGACUUGUUUGCACUGUUUACACAACGCUGGGUGGUCUGAAAGCCGUGAUCUGGACGGACGUGUUUCAGACGAUUGUGAUGUUUGCGGGGCAGCUGGCGGUAAUUGUGGUGGGUACCCACCAAGCUGGGGGCAUAGGUGAGGUGUGGAGGAGGGCGCAGAACGGGAGCCGCAUCUCUGGUCUGGAACUGAACCCUGAUCCUCUGGAGAGACACACAUUCUGGACCCUGGGUGUAGGUGGAAUCUUCCUCAUGCUGGCUCUGUAUGGAGUGAACCAGGCUCAGGUCCAGAGAUACCUCAGCUCUCGCACUGAGAGAGAAGCUAUCAUGUCCUGCUACGUGGUUUUUCCAUGCCAACAGAUUGUUCUGGCUUUGGGCUGUCUGAUGGGUCUGGUCAUGUACGCUCGCUAUGGGGAGGACAGCCCUCUGGACAAGGGCUAUGUCCAGAGCAAUGACCAGAUGGUGUUGUACUUUGUGAUGGACGUGCUAAGAGAUCUCCCUGGUUUACCUGGCCUGUUUGUUGCUUGCCUGUUCAGUGGAGCACUCAGCACAAUCUCAUCUGCCUUCAACUCCCUGGCGACGGUUACCCUGGAGGACCUGAUCAAGCCCCAUUUUCCCACCAUGACAGAGGCUCGAGCAACCCUGCUGUCCAAAGGCCUCGCUCUCGGCUAUGGGCUGGUGUGUCUGGCUAUGGCUUACAUCGCUUCCCUGAUGGGCUCUGUGCUGCAGGCAGCACUCAGUAUUUUUGGAAUGGUUGGUGGUCCUCUUCUCGGCAUCUUCUGCCUGGGCAUGUUCUUCCCCUGCGCCAACUCCAUUGGUGCAUUGACUGGCUUGGUGGCAGGGCUGGUCAUGGCUUUCUGGGUCGGAAUUGGCAGCUUCGUUGCUCGUAUGCAAACAUCUGGCCUGCCUAUGCCUGACACUACUGACUUCCCUGAUAUGGGCAACACAACAGCUGUAGUGAUGACAACACUCAUGACUUCCAUGUCUCCUAAAGCCAGGCCCACUGGAGUGCAGGCCCUCUAUUCUUUAUCAUAUAUGUGGUACAGCGCUCACAACUCAGCCACAGUGGUAGUGGUGGGACUGCUGGUCAGUCUACUCACUGGACCUUGGAAGGAGAAGGAGUUGACCCCAGGAACUGUUUUCCCUGUUCUGGGUACGUUGCUGUUCUUUCUUCCUGAACGCUACAGAGAGAAGCUCUGCUGUGUUACUCCUCUGGAAAACAAGUCCAAAGCUCUGGGAAGGCAGCCCUAUCAGAUGGCAAGCAAGAAAGAAAGCAACGGUGUCGCCCCUUUCCAAGAUGAAGACAAAAGCCCAGAGGAAGAAGAGUCAGAAGAGCCGACUACCCAGCCCUCCUGCAAGCUCGCCAACGUGGAGCAGGAGACAGCCUUGUGAUUGUCCUUCAUAACUCUAAACUGUACGUGGGCUACAUUCUCACCCGAAACGCCAAAAUAGAAUGGUACAUUUCUGUGUUCAUUAACUUGUUUAGAGCCCAUUGUCUCACCAAUAUGUUUUGGUAUUUGAUUUGGCAGGCCCAGUGACCUCAGUGAGUUGGAUGUGUGUAAAUAAAUACAAAUUAUAUAUAUAUAUAAAAAGAUUUUAGUAAUAAGACUCUUUAAAGUUUUAUGAAUUUAGAUGAUACAGCAGGCUUAAAUGUUACUUAAUUUAAAUGCCAUGUCUUAAUGGCAAACAUACAAAACAUUUUACUUUUUUCUGGGCACUACACACAACUAGACAUACUUUCCUGCACAAUUGAGAUCACUGUGAAAGGAGUCACCUCAGACUUUCAACAAGAAAUCAGGUUAAGUUACAGAAAAAGACACUAUAUGUACUUAUUUUGGGGGAGAAAGCAAAAAACUACACUGAUGAAAUGAGCCACAUUCCUGACUGAGGAGGAGUAUAAAGAUAUACAGAACAUUUUAAACUCUAUAAACUUUGGGGCGAUGAUUAGGGGGCAUGUUUUUGCACCCAAAGGUCCUUUAGUUUGAAAUGUAUUUACCUAAUUCUUUUUUCACUGCUGGAUGUUUGAUUCUGCAUUUUAAUGCUGCUAUAAAUAAUGCAGUUGAUUUUUAGAAUCCAGCUGCUAAAUCAGACUUUAACCUAGCUUACAUGAAAUGCAGAAGAGUCACAAAAAAGGUUUUAUGUGUGGGCUGUCUCUGCUACUCAGAUUCAGUAAUAAGAUGUGAUGGUAAAGCACAUGGAAUGAAAUGUUGCUGAAACCCAUUGUUGGCUGUAAGUGCCUCCUCAUGUGAUUGCAUUGUUUGCUCUUUGCGUUUUGCCAUUGAAAAUGUAUCAUCAUUGUGUUGACAGUUUUUUGUGUUGAAGUUUCCUAAUAGAACAGAUGAAACAUGGAACUCCAUGUGAAACACAUCUGAUGAACAUCUUUGCAUUGUCCCAUUUAGUGGAUAUCUUGUGGUUAAAUCAGACAGGUCCCCAUAGCUGUGUGCCUUCUCAAAGAGGAUCUGAUGUUGUACCAUGUCAUCACAUUCAUUUAUUGAUUGGUUGGUUGCUUUAUGAUAGAAGCAUAAGGUUUUCCUAGUCUCUGGCCGAAGCUUUCCUAUAAAUUAAUGGGAAAAAACAAAAAGCCACCAGAUUAAAAGCCAAUAAGCAAUGGGCAGCUGUUGAACUUUGUCAAUUCUUAGUUUAAAAUAUUUUGUAAGAGCCUUGUAAUUAAAAACUCUAAAUUUUAGUCAUUUUGAAGCAUGUCUAUUGACACUGUGUAAAGAGUUGCCAGAAUGGAGUUUUAAUACUUUAUACAGAAAGGUCUAAAGGUCCUCUCACUCUGAUGCUGUAAAACAACAAGAAAGUGUUUAAAGAGUAGCUGGCAAAAAACUGCUACAUUCUUGACAUCACUCGCACUUUGAGUUUACAGUGCUUGCUUCGCUUGAGUUUCUUUGUUCAUGUGUCCAGAAUAUUCUGGGCAACAAGAAUAAUAUAAUAAACAAAUUAUAUACAUGGAUAAUUAUGGAGUAUGGUACAAAUUAAUAAAUAAAUAAACAAGUAAAGUAACUGCUGCAGCCGCACAAUGAUAGACACAUGCAGCUUGUUAGAACAAAUGACAGAUGUCACUGCCACUGAGGAAGCAGUAUUUAAGCCAUCGACUUAAAACUCCCAUUCCAGGCAUUCACCUUGUAAUAGAUGUAAUGAUUGAUUUUUUUAUGUCCCAUGGACAUUUUGUAAUCCUAGAAGAUGCUAUUUGUAGUCAUAGUGUGUUGUCUUCUCAUACCUGAAAUUAUUUAAGUAGUGUGCACUAAUGCUUUCUUUCAACAUCUGUAAAAGUAGAACUGUUUUCAGAUUCUGUUUUUAAUUUUUUUAAUUUUAAUUAAUUUUGUUUUAAUUUUAAUGCGCUCUUUAUGAAAUACUGGUGCACAUUUCUCUAUAUAGCAAAACAUUAUCUUAUCAAAAGCAGCAAAAUCUGAAAAGCUUAGCUGUAAAACUAACUCUUAUUAUUUUGUAUUAUCUUAUUUUCUUCUGUGUUUACAGUGCUUGAUUUACUUGAGUGUCAUUGUUCAUGUGUGCUGAGUAUUCUGGGCAACAAGAAGCAUACAUGCACAAAUUCUAUACAGAGAUAAGCACAGGUAAUAAAUAUACAGUAAAAGAUGCAUAAUUUUUAUUAUGUUAGUUUAUUGUAAUGUGAAUAAGUCCCUACAUGUCAAGUAGUAACAAAAUUACAAAAAUUGUUUAAAAGUAUUUAGUGUAACAUGUAUUUAGUAGACUGUAACCAACUGUAACCAGCAUAGUGGUGUGGGGAAAAAAUCUUAGGGUGUGGAUGUCCACCCAUAGGUUAUCUUGCUGCAUUGCUACACUGAGGAAAAGAUGGAUAAGACAGCUUUGAGCAGUAACGUUUGAGCAGUAUGCUGUUGUAUACUUAUUUUAAACAUUUAUUGACAUGAUUUAGCACAUGCCCAUUUGCCCGAGUGGUUUGAGUCUGCAGGUUUCCUGUUCAGUACAGAGAGAAAAGAUGUAGAAAAGAUUUUCUGGGGUAAGCAUCUGUAUGCCACAGAUGCAACACAAAGAGAUUAGGCUAAAAGUAAUGGAUUGUUUGUAUGUACAUGAUGUGUUGUUGUGUGUUACUGAGAUAAUGUUUGGAGUAAUUAGAUUAACCGAAACCUGCUGGACAGUUUCUGACUGUAGUUGUUGUCAGCAUUGUAUGGUUUGUAUUUCAUCCAAAAGCAUUUCAUGGUCUCUUAAUUAGUUUGUUGAUUUCAUACUUCUUUGCCUUUUAAACUUUCAUGUUUUUUCCAGUUCUAGACCUAGUUUCAUGUUAGAGUCGUUGUGAUGUGAAGGUCUGGUUGUGUGCUUGUGAAUGUAAGCGUUGUUUCCUAUGAACUGUGUUGCCACGGUCUGAAAAGGCACAGUGGAGUGUUGCAUUUCGAGCCAUAUUUUGUUAAUGUGUUGUUCUUAGUGUGUUUAGGGUUGAUGAAAUAUCCUCAACUUGAUAUUCAUCUCCAAAGAACUGUCUUAUGCAUGCCAUAGAUUGGGCAUAAGACAAUUGCCUUUAUUUGAUUUUAUUUGCAUCCUAUGUGCAUCUCAUGCCUGAAGCAGAAACAUGUGGUAUAUGUUGAUACACAUGUACUGUCACUAACUGUGUCCUUGUUAAAUCCUUUCAGGUUUAUAUUUAUAUCGUUUGACAGAUUUUCUGUCUAUGAAUGCCAGAAGACCAGUUGAAGUAUCUUAACACUUCUUUAAGUUAGGUUGUUUUAGGAUGUUGUCUUUUUUUUUUUUUUUUUUUUUAGUUCAAAAGUGUAGAGUUCAAGAUCCUUAACCCAUCCAUGUCCGUGCACAAAAUGGAAUUUUCUUAAUCCGAAAACAAAUAAUUGGUAUUAAGGAACUGGAAUCAAGUUGAAGAACAAACACAUAUGUAUACUGUAUUGUGUAAUGUACUUUUUUUCCCCCCAACUUAAAGUUUUAUGAUUCCCAAUUAUCGCUUAUUAGCCAGGAUUCUCCCACCUCACAAUGGCACCAGCACUGGUAGUGUAAAUGCUAUUUAAACAGUUAAGCUGCUUGAGAUUCACAGUUUUUUUAGUACACAAUUUCCAAAUUAAAUUCUGUGUAAUUAGUAACAUCUAACUAGGCAUUCUUCCAAUUCGCUGCUGGAGGGCUGGAGUCCAGAACAGUUUGAUGAGUUUCCUGCUCAGAAACAUCUGUCAAAACUGUGCUGGACGCUGUCCCUCCAGAACUGAAAUUCAAAAAUCUUGCUGGGUCCCUUAUAGCUCAUUUACACAGAGACGACUCUUAAAGAGCUAAUCGGCCAUUACAGUGAACACACGCUCUACCAGUGAACAUAACCAUUAACAGGGAGAUGCUUUUGUAAAACUAGACCCUCCACUCAUCCCCUUUUCUUUUACUGUAUCAAGUGAAAUCUAGCAGUAGGACAUGGGUGGGUUAAUAUAGAAGCAAAAUAUUAAGAAGCGCAAAUCUCUUGCACAUUAUCUAUUACUGAAUAUGGUACAAAUAAAUAAAAAAGUAAAUUUACUGCUGCAGCCGCACAAUGACCGACACAUGCAGCUUGUUAGAACAAAAGACAGAUGCCACUGCCGCUGAGGAAGCAGUAUUUAAGCCAUCGACUUAAAACUCCCAUUCCUGGCAUUCACCUUGUAAUAGAUGUAAUGAGAUAUUUUUUAUGUCCCAUGUACAUUUUGUAAUCCUAGAAGAUGCUAUUUGUAGUCAUAGUGUGUUGUCUUGUCAUACCUGAAAUUACUUGAAUAGUGUGCACUAAUGCUUUCUUUCAACAUCUGUAAAAGUAGAAAUAUAUUUUCAGAUUCUAUUUUUAAUUUUAAUGAUGAUUUACAAUGCGCUCUUUAUGAAAUACUGGUGCACAUUUCUCUAUGAAGCAGAAAUUAUCUCACAAAAAGCAGCAAGCUUAGCUGUAAAACUAACUCACUUUUUUAUUUUUAACAGUUGCAUUUCAACAUAAAGGCCGAAUGUCAGAUUAAGGAUGGGCUAAUACCGGUUCAUUUGCAAGACAAAAGACCUCCAGUCAUGCUUUACCUCUGAAAAGUACUGAAAAUACUGUGAGAGCCUCCGCUGGCUUAAAGCUUUCUUUUCCUUCCCUGUAAAGUUUUUUCAAAUCUUUAUUUUUUAGGAGAGAAAGCAUAACACUCAAGUAAUUACAAUCAAAAUAAAUAUUUCAAUAACAUAAUAUUUGUGUAAAUAUUAUGAGAAUAUUUAUUUUUUAUAGAUAUUUACCCAUUUUUGUAGAUGUUUCCUAUUUUUUUUUAUGAAUCUUUCCUUGUAUGCAUUCCAAAAACAAAAUCCACAAGCAAUGGAGUCUGACCAGCUUCAUUGCUUUGGCUGUGCCUUCACUGUCUCUUUCUUUGAUUGGUCGCGGAAGUUCCAGAGCCGUUUCUGGAAACUUUGCAACACGCUGCAAAGAGGCAAACGUGGUGGUCUGGGAGCAUUCAUAGCGAUGAAACUUUUUAUGAAGACAGACAAGCAUUUAUAUUCGGCCACACUUGUGGGCAUUAUUUCCAAGCCAUGAGCAUUUAUGUUGUCCUUCUGACAGCCAAUGAAAAAGAUAUUUGUUAUGAGCGUGAAAAAAAUGUUCUUCAAUUUGUUCAUUUGAAAAAUAAAACUGUCUGCCUGA